AAAACAUAAUCUUCAAGAUAAUAUAAAAAUUGCUCAUCAGAUGAAAAAAAAUAAUGAAAUAAAUCAUUUAUACCUUACUUGUUCAGGUAAAAAAAAUAUACCAAAUGGAAAUUGUUCCAUAGUAGAACAAGAUAAAACAAAAUGUAAAUUAAAAGAUGAAAUAAUAUAUGAAAAUACAGAAAAUCAUAUAAAUAUAAUAAAAAAGGAAAAAAAUAAAAUCGAUUUAAAUAAAUAUAAUAUCCAAUUAAAUGAAGAAGGUUAUAUAAUAAAUGAAAAUAAAAAUGACAAAUUCAUUGGAUGGAAAAUUUUAGGAAAUAAUAUGAACGUUCAGAAUUUUUUUGUAUGGGGACAUGACAUGUUCAU